AUGACCUGGGUCUUGCUGCUGUCGCUGUGGCUCGCCAUGGCCCAGGGCAUGCGGACCGGUCAGGUUAACGAACUCAGGAAGGAGACAGAGCAUAUGUUCUACCACGGAUUCGAAAACUAUCUCGAACACGCCUUUCCUGAAGACGAACUCCGUCCUUUAACAUGCCGUCCGCUGGUUCGCGACCGAGAGAAUCCCGCGCAUGCAGAGCUCAACGAUGUCCUGGGUAAUUAUUCAUUGACUCUGAUCGACAGUCUGUCCUCCCUGGCAAUACUUUCGUCGAGUCCCGACCAGGGCCAGAAGGCUUGGGAUUACUUCCAGAAUGGAGUGAAGGAUUUUGUUACACUGGGACGAGGAUUCGAUAUGGAUAGUAAAGUGCAAGUGUUCGAGACGGUGAUUCGAGGGUUAGGUGGCCUACUCAGCGCUCAUCUUUUUGCUUGGAAGGACGGAUUCGUCUACGAUGGCCAACUUCUACGGCUUGCUGUCGAUCUUGCAAAUCGAAUUUUACCCGCGUUCUAUACGGACACUGGACUCCCUUACCCUCGAGUGAACUUGAAGUACGGGGUGCAACGGCAGCCGUACUACGCAAACUCACCGUUCGCUGGCGCUGGCAGUCUAGUCCUCGAGUUUACAGUUUUGAGCAGACUUACAGGCGAUGGACGAUAUGAGGAGCUUGCCAAGCGAGCAUUCUGGGCCGUUUGGGCAAGGAGGAGUGAUAUUGGACUGAUUGGGUCCGGUAUUGAUGCCGAGUCAGGUAGAUGGGUUCAUUCCUAUACCGGGAUCGGCGCAGGAAUUGAUAGCUUUUUCGAGUAUGCUUUCAAGUCCUACCACUCCGCCGAUGCCUUUCUGAAGGUCUGGGAGAAGUCUCAUGCCUCAAUAAAACGUCACCUAUACCGCGGAGAGGGCCAUCAGCACCCGCAUCUGAUCCAGGGAGACAUCUUCACCGGAGCGACUCGUGCUUUUUGGAUCGACAGUCUUAGCGCCUUCUACCCCGGACUUCUUACUUUAGCGGGAGAAGUGGAUGAAGCCAUUGGCAUCCAUCUUCUGACGACGGCAGUCUGGACUCGAUUUUCCGGUCUUCCUGAGCGAUGGAAUGUUGCCACCGGGGACAUUGAACAGGGCCUUUCCUGGUAUGGUGGCCGCCCUGAGUUCGUGGAAUCUACUUACUACCUCUACCGAGCGACAAAGGACCCCUGGUAUCUGCAUGUCGGAGAGAUGGUACUGCGGGAUUUGAAACGGCGAUGCUGGACCAAGUGCGGUUGGGCUGGUAUUCAGGACGUUCGGAAUGGCGAGCUCAAUGACCGCAUGGAGAGCUUCUUCCUGGGUGAAACUGCCAAGUACAUGUUUCUGCUGUACGAUUUUGAUCAUCCCCUCAAUAAGCUAGACCAGCCGUUCGUCUUCUCCACCGAGGGCCACCCUCUAAUUAUCCCCAAGAACAGCACGGCACAGCGCGCUGAGCGCAAGCAGGUACCAGUCGUUGUGGAGAGCGAGGGUUUGACAUGCCCAACAGCACCUCAGCCUCCAACGCUGGGGGUUUCAUCCACUGCGGCACGGUCCGAUCUGUUCCACGCCGCGAACCUGGCACGCCUACACCUCAUGCCGAGUAGAGGUCUAGCGGAAGGCCCUCUUCUGGAUUACGCUCGGGACCACCCGAGCGUAUCAGUGUCGGACUUGUCGUCGCCCACCAACUACACAUUCUUCCCAUGGACAUUGCCUCCAGAGCUUGUGCCAUUUAACGCAACCAGCGCGCCGAUGACAAUCCGUCCUACGCUCGACAUUUCUUUCCCCGCGCUUCCCGGUAUGGUCGUGGGGCCUGGAUCACUGGAACGAGUGCGGGAUGGCAUCUUUAUCAAAGCCAUCGGGGGCCUACGACUAAGUAUGGUUCAGGAUGUCCCUGUGCAAGGGGAAUCCGGGAGCGCAGAGAGUGAUGAAUUCCGGGUCCAGGUUAUCAACAACGUGCCACUGGGCAAAGACGAGAAGGUAUAUCUUCUACGGGAAAUCACAUUUGAUGUCCUCGACCCCACCGACCCGAAUUUCACGCGGGUUCGCGACACCGCCAUGAUUGACAUCGUCAUUGACGUUAUCCCAGAGAUUAUCCGUCGACGAAAUGAUUCAGAUGAUAGUCAUGAACCAGCUGCGCCUCGACGUGCCAACGGAGCCAUCGUCCAUGGCUCCAGCUCCGUCGACAGUAAAGUCGGCAGCGUAGAUGCGUCGACCUCCAGCAUGAAGACUGUGCUCUCCUCGCUAGUCAACACUCUAUCUACACUCCUUCGGGAUGAAGUACAGGGCCAGACCAGCCUGCCGCAGAAGAAAGCCACCUCGUUACGUCUCCUGCUCCCGGCCGCCAUCUCCACGGGGCUCGGCUCGGCCCCGCUCCCCGACGUGGAAGACGCCACGACAGUCUCCAUCACGGGCGACCCUUCCAAGCAACGCCUCACAUGGAACAGCAUCUACUUCGCGGACGAGCUCUGUGACAACCGCAUCCUACGAGAAGUUGCACAGAACCACCAGGUCCUCGUAAUCAAGCGAGGCGGAUGCAACUUUUCGCAGAAGCUGCGCAACAUUGCCGCGUAUCCGCCUUCUCGGUACGCCCUGAAACUAGUCAUCGUGGUCUCCUACGACGAUGAAGUAGUCGAGGAGGAGCAGCGCGAGGAAUCAGACACCACCACGACCCCGGGGCUAGCUGCGGUCCGCGCGGAACCUUAUCUGGUGCGGCCCCAUCUGGACGAGACGCAAAUGACAGCCGCGGGCGUCCCGCGGCGCCAGCUGCUCAGCGUAGUCAUGGUAGGCGGAGGGCAAGAAACAUACGAGCUACUGCGACAAGCCACGGGGGUGGGCAUUAAACGGCGAUAUUCGGUGCGAUCGCAGGGAGUUCCCAUCAACAAUCUGUAUAUUUUGUGA